AUGCCUCCUUCACAAAUGAAAUGGCACCUUUGGUGUUGCAUUCUGGCGGGGCAUGUUUGGAUAUCUGCCCUUUCUCUUACUUCAGGGCAGUACAGAAGCACAGCCAAUGGUUCAGAAGACUGGUUGCAAAAUGUCAGCUCAGAUAUAAUAGAAGGUUUUCAGAGAAGCAACUCAACUUAUAAAGUCGCAAAGUUAUCAUCCCUGUUAAAUGAUUCUGUAUCUUGUGAGGACCUGGAAGGUGUUGGAUCAUUCAAUACUACAUGCUUGUUAAACUCAAACUUGAAUUUCAGUUCUGAUCUUUACAUAUAUGGUACUGGAAACCUGGAGAUUCUCCCUCAUGUAUCAAUUGUCUGUCCAAUUGAAGGCUGCAUGAUUACAUUUAAUAUGUCAGGAAAUGUUAAAAUUGGUCAAUUUGCUGCAAUAGUUGCUGGUUCUGUAGUUUUUUCUGCUGCCAAUCUGACUAUGGAAUAUAAUUCUUCUAUAAAUACAACAUCUUUGGGUGGAUUACCGCCUUCUCAAACUAGUGGAACUCCAGUGGGCUAUGAUGGAGGUGGUGGAGGGCAUGGUGGCCGAGGUGCUUCCUGCUUGAAAAAUAAUCAGUCAAGUUUUUGGGGUGGUGAUGUUUAUACGUGGUCAACAUUGUCCGAGCCGUGGAGUUAUGGGAGUAAGGGUAGGGGCUUAUCUACUAAAAUUCCAUUUGGAGGGAAUGGUGGAGGACGUGUCAAGCUUCAAGUGAAGGAUAUGCUGUAUAUGAAUGGGUCUGUAACUGCAGAAGGGGGGGAUGGUGGGACAACUGGCGGAGGAGGAUCUGGUGGAAGUAUUUCUGUACAUGCUGUAAAGUUGAAGGGAUAUGGUACCAUAAGUGCUGCUGGUGGAAGAGGAUGGGGUGGAGGUGGCGGUGGAAGGUUAUCACUUGAUUGUUACAGCAUACAAGAAGAUGUAAAAGUCACUGUGCAUGGUGGUUUGAGUAUCGGUUGUCCUGGGAAUGCUGGAGCUGCUGGCACGUACUUUAAUGCAGAUUUACUUAGUUUAAGGGUUGGAAAUGACAAUAUCACAACAGAAACUGAAACCCCUUUGCUCGACUUUCCUACCAGCCCGUUAUGGUCACAUGUUUUUGUGGAGAAUAAUGCAAAAGUGUUGGUUCCACUUCUUUGGACCAGAGUUCAGGUGAGAGGCCAAAUUAGUCUAUACCGUGGGGGCAGCAUCAUCUUUGGAUUGUCUGAGUAUCCAAUUUCAGAAUUUGAGCUUGUUGCUGAAGAACUUCUGAUGAGUGAUUCCAUCAUAAAGGUUUUUGGUGCAUUUAGAGUUGCUGUCAAGAUGUUACUCAUGUGGAACUCCAAAAUUCAAAUAGAUGGUGGUGGAAAUCCCAUUGUUACUGCUUCAGUCCUUGAAGUCAGGAAUCUGAUUGUUCUGAGGCAAAACUCUGUCAUUAGUUCAAAUACAAACUUGGGUGUAUAUGGCCAGGGACUACUGAAGUUGACUGGUCAUGGUGAUGCAAUAAAAGCCCAGAGGCUCUCCUUGUCUCUCUUUUAUAACAUCACUGUUGGUGCUGGUUCUUUACUUCAGGCUCCAUUGGAUGAUGAUGCUAGCAGAAACGUGGUAACAAAAUCCCUUUGUGAGAGUCAAGCAUGUCCAUUGGAUUUGAUUACUCCACCGGAUGAUUGCCAUGUUAAUUAUACACUCUCCUUUUCACUUCAAAUUUGUCGUGUUGAGGACCUUCUUGUUGAUGGUGUCGUGAAGGGAAGUGUAAUUCACAUCCACAGGGCGAGGACUAUUAUUGUAGAUAAUAAUGGCCUGAUCACUGCAUCAGAACUAGGUUGCAGUAAAGGUAUUGGAAGUGGAAACUUUUCAAAUGGAGCUGGUAGUGGUGCUGGACACGGGGGAAGGGGGGGCUCUGGAUACUUUAAUGGAAGGGUGUGCAAUGGUGGUAAUGAAUAUGGCAAUGCUGAUCUCCCAUGUGAAUUGGGGAGUGGAGCUGAGGGUCCCAGUCCGUCAUAUGGGAAUGUGGUUGGAGGGGGAAUGCUUGUGAUGGGAUCCAUCCAGUGGCCACUCUUAAAGCUUGAUGUCUUUGGAACAUUGAGUGCUGAUGGUCAAAGCUUUCAUAAAGCAGCUAGAAAUGGUAAUGGUACUUUGAUUGGCGGACUUGGCGGAGGUUCAGGUGGUCCUCUUGGUGGAGGUGGGGGUGGGGGUGGAAGAGUUCAUUUUCAUUGGUCUAAGCUAGAUUUUGAGGAUGAAUAUGUUCCGGUUGCUAGUAUAAGUGGCUCCAUUAACAGCAGUGGAGGUGCUGGGGAUGAUGGAGGUUGUCAUGGAAGCGAUGGAACUAUCACUGGGAAAAAAUGCCCAAAGGGCCUUUAUGGAACCUUCUGCAAGGAAUGCCCUGUUGGCACAUUCAAAAAUGUUGAUGGUUCUGAUGCACAUCUUUGUAUUCCUUGUUCUGUUGAUCUUCUUCCAAGUCGUGCUGAGUUCAUCUAUGUGCGAGGGAUGCCAAAAUGCUACACACCUCUCGAGGAGCUUUUGUAUACUUUCGGGGGGCCCUGGCCUUUUGCAAUUUUAUUGUCAUGCGUUUUGGUGGUUCUGGCUUUGUUACUAAGGACUUUGAGAAUCAAAUUGGUUGGUUCAUGUUCAUAUCACAGGGCUGGUUCAAUUGAACAGCACAGUCAUCAUCAAUUCCCGUGUCUUCUUUCCCUAUCUGAGGUACGGGGAACCAGAGUUGAAGAAACUCAAAGCCAUGUUCAUCGAAUGUACUUCAUGGGUCCUAAUACUUUCAGAGAGCCAUGGCAUCUUCCUUACUCUCCUCCAAAUGCAAUCAUUGAAAUUGUAUAUGAAGAUGCAUUUAACAGAUUUAUUGAUGAGAUCAAUUCUGUUGCUGCAUAUGAUUGGUGGGAAGGGUCUGUGCAUAGUAUACUUUCAGUUCUCGCGUACCCUUGUUCCUGGUCCUGGAAACAGUGGCGGCAAAGAAAUAAAGUUCAUCGCCUUCAGGAAUAUGUGAAGUCUGAAUAUGACCAUUCAUGUCUUCGCUCUUGCAGAUCUCGAGCCUUGUACAAAGGGAUGAAGGUUGGAGCAACACCAGACUUAAUGUUGGCAUAUAUUGAUUUUUUCCUUGGUGGUGAUGAGAAGCGUCUAGAUAUGGUAUCAAUCAUACAGAAGAGGUUCCCCAUGUGCAUAAUUUUUGGUGGUGAUGGCAGCUAUAUGUCACCUUAUAAUCUUCACAAUGAUACGUUGUUGACCAACCUCCUUGGCCAGCAUGUCCCAGAAACUGUUUGGAAUCAUUUGGUUGCUGGUUUGAAUGCUCAGUUGAGGAUGGUGAGGCAUGGAUCUAUCCGUUCUCACCUAAUUCCUGUGAUUAAUUGGAUAAAUAGCCAUGCAAACCCUCAACUUGUGUUUCAUGGAGUUAGAGUUGAGCUUGGGUGGUUUCAAGCAACAGCCUCUGGUUAUUAUCAGCUGGGAAUAUUGGUAGUGGUUGGGGAUUAUCCACUUCAAAGUCUGCACCAGUCUGAUAUGGGGGAUAACGAGCUACCAAGGUCCAAUGCUGCAUGCACAAGAAAAUGUUCAAAGCAGAUGCAGCAAAAUUGGCCAUUUGUAGGUCAUGCAUUAUCUGUUAAAAGGAUAACUGGAGGAAUUAAUGGAGGUCUUAUAAAUCAUACUACCUUGAGAUCUUUGGAUUAUAAAAGGGAUUUCCUCUUUCCACUCUCUCUCUUACUGCACAAUACAAGACCUGUUGGUCGUCAGGACACCCUGCUGCUGCUGAUAAGUUUCAUGCUGUUAGCAGAUCUUUCUGUCACCAUUCUUAUGUUACUUGAAUUCUAUUGGAUAUCUCUUGGGGCUUUCCUUGCUGUCUUGCUUAUACUUCCUUUAUCCCUUCUCUCUCCCUUCCUUGCUGGAUUGAAUGCCUUAUUCAGUAAGGAACUUAGAAGAGCUUCACUUGCUCGUGUAUAUGCAUUGUGGAAUGCUACAUCACUUUCUAAUAUUGUGGUCGCUUUCAUGUGCGGCAUUUUACAUUAUGGAUUUUCAUUUUUCCAGCCACCUCACAAGUCAAAUACAUGGAACACUAGAAGGGAUGACGAUAAGUGGUGGCUUUUACCAUCCAUUCUUCUGCUAUUCAAGUUAAUGCAGGCGCUGUUUGUGGACUGGCACAUAGCAAAUUUAGAAAUCCAAGAUCAUUCUCUAUUUUUCCCAGAUCCGGAUGCGUUUUGGGCACACGAGUCUGGAACGUAA